AUGCAUGAGCUGUUGAUGAAUCAACAGCGAAAUAACAUUAUCGCAGAUCAUCUGUCCAAAUUGAUUGGAAAUUCAUACCACCUUCAACCCCAUUUUGGUGGACUAUGGGACGCGGGUGUGAAAUCCGUAAAGCGGCAUAUCAAAUGUGUUAUCGGCGAACAUAUACUUACACAUGAAGAGAUGUAUACUCUCCUCAAUCAAAUCGAAUGUUUGCUCAAUUCGCAAAUGUGGCAGACAUCUGAUUUUGAACCAAUCGCACUUGCUCCGUCUCGUGUUAUGAUCGGAGAAGCAUAUUCUACAAUUCCUAAACCUGAUUUAAACUUUUCAAAUAUUUCGAUAAGUUAUAAUUGGCAUCUCUUACAGACUCUCAUGCAAGGAUUCUGGAAGCAGUGGCAUAAGGAGUAUGUAACAUCCUUACAAAAUCGACCCAAAUGGCAGAUGAUUAGACGAGACAUUCAAGAAAAUGAUAUGGUGCUGCUGGAAGAACCGAAUCUUCCACCAUCGAAAUGGAUGCGGGGAAGAGAUAUACUUCUUCACCCUGGGAAUAAUGACAGAUGUCGUGUCGUCACAGUCCGCACCAACAAUGGCCCCGUUGCCGUUUUCUGA